AUGGAUCGAAGUAUAUUUGAAGCAAUUGAUCAACAUGAUCAUGAGGCACUGCGAACAGAGUUUGGUUCAAUAGAUGUAAAUAAAACAAACUCUGAAGGAUAUACUCCACUGUACUACGCAUGUAUGAAGAAAGGAGUAGGGGUUAAAACAGUUAAGGAGCUUCUUCUUCUUGGCGCGGAGGUGAACUUGAAAGGUUCAGAUAAUGAGACUCCUCUCUAUAUUGCUUGUUUUAAUGGAAAAAACGAUGUUGCAUUGGUCCUUCUUGAUGAAGGUGCAGAUAUUGAUGCAAGAAACGGAAAAUACGGUGAGACAGCUCUUCAUGUAGCUGCUCAUACAGGAAAUUGCGCUCUAAUUGAUAUUCUUGUUGAACGAGCCGCAGGUUUAAAUGCCCAAAAUACAAAAAAAGAGACUCCUUUAUAUAUUGCCGCGAAAGGUGGAUAUCACAAUGCUGUGUACCAUCUUUUGAAGGCUGGUGCAAAUGCCAAUAUUUGCGAUAUUGAUGGCAAAAGUCCACUGUAUAUUGCUUCAGAAAAAGGUUUGAAGCAUGUAGUUAUUCUCUUAAAAAGCAACCGCGAUGAUCUUGCUUUCGCAAAGGCGAAAGCUGAUCAAGAGCUGCGGUUACACCCACUACCAGUAAAAUCUACUGAGGAAAUAUAUGAAGAGGCUGCAGAGGAUGCUGCUGCUGGUCGUCCUAUCCAACAUAUUUCUAUUCAACCAGAGCCAGAAAGGGUAACAAGACCAAUGGACGUUGUUGAAAUUGUUGUACCUCAGCCAAAGUUCGGAUUGCGUAACCCUUUUGGGGCUGCACCGGAAGGUCCAUGUCGAUCUCUUGAGGAGGUGGGGUUUGAUGAACCACCUCCUAUACCGCCUUCAUUGCAGAAUCGCCCACCAGUAAAACCAGAACGCAUUGGUGGUACUUCUAUGCGAAUUGGCACAAGUAUUGACACAAUUGGAGUGGAACCUAUAAGGGUAAACAGCCUCUUGAGUGACUCCCUACAAUUCUCUCAGCCUUUGAACAAAUAA